AUGCCCAGGAUUACUUCGGAUUCAAGAAAUAAUAUAUCAGAUACAAAAUCUAUAAGUAAUACGGAAGAGGCUUCUGUGAACAAGAGAAAAUGUAGAAUUUGCAAUUUGAAAGGCUAUAAUGUACGAACUUGUCCCAAUCUUGCAGAAUCUAAUAUCGUUGGGUUAGAGUCUGCUAAUAUUAAUGAAGAAACCAGCAUAAAUAAGCAAAAAUGUAGGAUAUGCAGUUUGGAGGGCCAUAAUGCACAAACAUGUCCUAAUUUUAUAGAAUCUAGUAGUUUUGAAAUGACAAAAUCUGUUAAUGAUGCAGAGGAAAACACGAACAA